AUGUCGAAGGCAACGACAAAAUUCUCGAAAGAGGAGGAAAUCUUGCUCAAUUCAUUCUCGGCCGAUGUCUCAGCUCAGGGUUCAGCUCUCUUCUUGGUGAACUCUUUCGUCACGGCUGUGGCUCCCGUCUAUCUCUUCUAUGGAGUUCAUCAAUUGGAGGUAUCUGAUGGAUGGAUUGUGUGGACUGUGGCUGUUCUUGCUGCCACUUAUCUCCUCACUUGGGCGUCAAAGAACCAAAAACAUCAGCUCAAACACAAAUUGGUUCAAAAGAGGACACAAGCCGUUGAGAGAGAAAUCAACAAAAAGUACGCCGACGACAAGAAGAUCAGUCGCAAAGAGAAAGAGGAACGUGCCCUCUUCCGCCGUAACGAGGUUGCUGACAGUGAGUCAACGUGGUUGUCAAUCUUCUUCAACAAUGUUCUUUUCAUUUCUCUUCUUCUCGUUCUUUCAUUCUUCUUCUUUGCCAAUUUCAAUCCUCUCUUCAACUCAUUUUUCUCAAUUGUCGGAGCUGCCGGUGUUGUUGCUUUCAUCUCGACUUCCAAGAAC